AGUUCUUAACUUCUUAUGAUUAAUCUUACUUAAUUAGCAGUGAGGUCAGGUCGUUUUGGCGGCUAGUGGCAUAGCUGUAAAGGAAACUCAGGGUUGCACUGAGGUAAGCAACCUAACGCAGAAUUGAAAGACAUCAAUCUGGAAAUUGCUGAGACAGUGAGACUAUUCUUCAGUAUUUUCUUUAAGUCUUGUGGAAUUUGUGUAUCUCUGUCAAUAUGUCGACAUUCCUCUUCGAACAUAGAUAUUGUCGUUGAAAGUCAUAAAGCCUUCAUUAUUUUAAUACAUGAUACAACUUCUGCGUUAAGGCUACGUUUCGUCAUUGGUACCGUGGUUGACUUCGUAUGCAUGUUAUAACUGAACAAAUUUUCUUGUUUGUUGAUUGCUUCAUCUCUUUUCUUGUAUUGCAAAAGUUCAUGUUUGUUAUUGUUUAUUAAUCUCUUGAGUGAAUUAGAGGAAUGUUUUGAGUGUCAUAUAUAUGGAGUGUGUUGGAAAGAGGAGCUUCGAUCCAAGCAAAGGGGAAAAGUGUUGGCUUCACGAGGCUUCAAUGCAGCGUUAAACGCUGAAUCCAGACCAAGCAAGAGAGAGAUAGAGAGAGAUGAUGAGCAAACCAGUUUCGCAGCAGCUGCUAAUGGAUGAGAAGAUAUAUGUUGCAGUGGGGACGGAAUUAGGGAACAAGUCCACUCUUGUUUGGGCGAUACAGAACACUGGAGGCAAGGAGUUCUGUAUCGUCCACGUUCACCAGCCGCUCUACAGAAAAGAAAAGGAAAAGGCACAAAAGAUCAUGGACAAGUACCUUCAAACAUGCAGGCUAAUGCAGGUCCGUGCAGAGAAGAUACUCAUUGAAAUGGAGUCGGUAGAGAAGGGACUCAUCCAACUGAUUUCAGAGCACAAUGUCAAGAAGCUCGUCAUGGGUGCUGCGUCAGACAGCCACUAUUCAAUGAGGAUGGCAGAUCUGUUAUCCAAGAAAGCCAUUUACAUUCGUCAAGAAGCGCCUGCUACUUGUUGUAUAUGGUUUACUUGCAAAGGAUACCUGGUAUAUACAAGGGAAGCUAUCAUGGGUAACGCAUCUCUUGAGUAUGCAUCUACAAGUUCUGAUCAAGAUUCAGUCCGUUCACGAGGAUCUGUAUUACCUUCGGGCCAAUACACGAUAUCUAGAGGAAAUGGAAAUGUGUAUCAAUUAGCUGUCUUUGAAGCUGAGAAAUCGAAAAAAGAAGCAAGCUUGGAGGCUUUCAAGCAUCAGGAAGCUGAAAAAGAGAAAAAUAAAGCAAUGAAAAAGGCUAAAGAAUGGGAAAGUGCCUAUUUCGAGGAGUUGAAUCGUAGGAAAGAAACAGAAAUGGAGCUGACGAAAGCGAGAGAAAAACUCGAAAAGAUGAGGUAUAUAUCUGAAAACCGAAUAACCGAGUCCUAUAUGUUGGUACAAAAGCUGCAAGACAAGUAUAACUUGGCAACGAAAGCGUUGAGAAAAGCCAAGGAAGAACGAGAUGAACUGAUAAAAGGACGCGACAAAGCAAUUAUAGAAGCAGAGGAGCUGAAGAGAAUCCAUGAGAAGGUCUCUCGAUCUGAUGAGCACCGUGAAGCUCCUCAGUACUUCAUCUGUCCCAUUUCACUGGAAGUGAUGGAGGAUCCACAACUAGCAGCAGAUGGAUUUACAUAUGAAACAGAAGCCAUAAGAACAUGGCUUGAGAGUGGACAUGAGACUUCACCAAUGACGAACAAGAAGCUUCUUCAUACAAACUUAGUUCCAAAUCUUGCACUUCGAUCUGCAAUCCAGGAAUGGCUUCACGCUUCACCCUCUUCCCGAAAGUGAAAGAAAAAAAAGAAAUAUAAUUUAUUCUUCAGCAUUUGCUUCAACGAUCUCGUCUACUUGUAAUGUAAUAAUGUAUAUAAAACCCAUGUAACUUGAAAGACCU